AUGGAACAUCACGGACACUACGGUUCAAAUAGUCCACACAAUUACUAUGGUUGGCAUCACCAUCGCACACCAUACAAUCAUCAGUGGCACAAUGAUGAUUAUGAGGAUGGUGAUGACUUUGGUCACAAUUUUCAUCAUAAUCAUCGAGAUGACUAUCAUGGAAAGGAAGUAAAAGAGUUAGAUAAUAAAAGUGAAGAAGAACAACCAAUCCAACAAAAAGAAGAAAAUGAAGUAAAACAACAAGUAGAUGCACAAGCUGAACAACAACAAACAACUGAAGAGGGGGAACAAACAACGAUGCAAGCUUCAACUGAGGAACAACCACCAGCUGAAGAACAACAAAAAAAUGAACAAGAAACUCAAAAUCAGGAACAAGAAAAACAGGAACAACAAACUGAAAAACAAGAGCAAAACCAAGAAGAGGAACUAAAGCCACAUGAACAUAAAGAACACAAUCAAAAUCCGAAUUAUCAACACGACUACCAUAAACAUUAUUAUCCUUCCGAUUCGCAACAUAAAGAACAUCAAGACAAACAAGCAAAUGAAGAAAAACAACAACAUAAACAAGCAGAUAAUAAAGCUGAACAAGAUGAUAAACAAAAACAAAAUGAGGAAAAACCAGAACAACAAACAAUGAAAAAUUAUCAUUCACACCAAUACCAUCACAAACCUUAUCCACCGCAUUCAUUUGGGAAACGUUAUCAUUACCAUCGUCAUCCCCAUCACCAACAUCCCUGCUACUUACAUCAUGAUGAGAAGUCCACAGAUUCAAGACCACAGAUUCACGAUAGUGAACAGAUUCCAAUCAAAAAAGAUCAACUCGGUGGUAAUACAGAAAAAACUGUCACAGAGCAGAGCCCUGUAAAACCGAUCUUUGAGCGCAGGGAGAGCCAAGAGCAAGAAGAUGUGCAAAAAUUUGAUUUACGUAUCGAUGUUUGA